CCAACAGCCCCCAUAGCACAGCAGACAGCAGCCUCCAUAACACAGUAUGAACCAGCAGCCUCUAUAACACCAGCAGACAGCAGCCUCCUUAAAACGGCAGACAACAACCCCGAUAACUCAACAGACAACAGCCCCCAUAACCAGCAAGACGGCAACAGCUCUAGCAGACAGCAGCCUCCCCCAAAACAGCAGACAACAACCCCCAUAACACAACAGCCAAUAACCCCUAACACAGCAGACAGCAGCUCCAACACAGCGAACAGCACUCCAAACACAGCAGACAACAGCCUCCAUAACACAGCAGACAACAGCCUCCAUAACACAGCAGACAACAACCCCCAUAACACAACAGCCAAUAACCCUAACACAGCAGACAACAGCUCAACACAGCAGCUCAACACAGCAGACAACAGCUCCAAACACAGCAGACAGCAGCUCCAACACAGCAGACAACAGCCUCCAUAA